AUGUCGAGUGAGGUUGGCCGACCGACGCUAAGUCAAUCUCCCAGCAAUGGGCAUCCCAAAUGCACCCUUCCUCUAGAGAAGGUGUUUUCAAUCCAGAUAGGAACUGAGCUCUUCCGUCUUUCGGGAGCUUCGAUUGCUUCCGAUGCCCCGUCAUACUUUUCCCGCUUCUUCGAAGAACAGCUUCGCCUGAACGGAGACAGCAAUGUCAGGACCCUGUAUAUCGACCGUGAUCCUACCACGUUUCAGGAGAUUGCCAGGCAUCUGCAAGGCUACCAUAUACAGCCCAAAGAUGGGCCGCAGUUCGUCAAGUUCUUCGCGGAUGCCCAAUUCUAUAGCCUUCCUCGAUUGAUCUCCCAGCUGUUCGAGUCGGAGAUCUUCAUCCGUAUUGGCGGCCACAACUUCCAGAUUCCUCGCGAUAUCUUCUCCAGCCCAGGGGAUUCGCCGAAUUUCUUUACACUGGGAUUCGCCGCCUUCUUCGCCUCGCCACUGGAAGUAUUUCCCGGGCUGGACCGUCAAGGCCUCCUACGCCCUCCAGCCAUCACCCCACCCAGCGUCCCCAGCCGCUCGGGGGAGGUCUUUGCGCAGCUCCUCCAUCUCCUUCGCGGAUAUCCUCUGGAUAUUCGAAACGAAGCGCGUCGUGCAGAGCUCCUGCGGGAUUGCCGCUACUUCCAUCUGCGGGGCCUGGAGCAGCAGCUCAUACCACACCAUAUCAGCUUCAAUCCGAUCCGCAAACGGGAUGAGAUUGUCAUCCGUCUCGAAGACGUCCGUCGAUCGGGCAUCGACGUAGACGACAUCCCUCUUCCUCCUGGCCACAGUCAGGCUGACGCCAUGUCUGCAGCCUUGGUCACUUACUCUCGCCCGUUUGUCGAUGAUAAGAAGUACGAUCUGAUCCUCGAGAUAGGGGACGAAAGCACCAUCCUUGACAUCACCAGCAGACGUCCCACCUUUUUGGGCUCCACAAAAGCCCGCGUGAGCAGCCUUCUGCAGGUGAUAGCGGGCAAGAAGGGAGACCAGAACCGACCAGCGGGACAAAAGGAGAGUGCACCGGAAGACCGUCUGUGGGCCUCUCUCUCCAUGGAUACCGACAUGACAGUCGAUGGGGAAAGGGAGUAUUUCCCCGACAUUCUCCGGGAGAGCAUGUCGGGGUCGGAAAGUUUGUUGGAGGAGCCGUCGAGGAAGCGCAAGCGCGUUGAAGAGGCUUCCAUUAAUCGUCCAUGGAUUGUGCGCAACGGACAGUGGCGGCUGUGCAUGCAACCGAGGGCCAAGGGAGAUGGGAUGGAUAUCGUCAUGAUUGCAGUGAAGUUGGAGGUGUUUACGUUGCAAAGGACGCGCAAUAAGCAGAGGAAGUUCCUUUCGUCUUGA